ACUUGGGACUCACCGCUGCCCUCAGCUCAAGUCGGGGCGAGCGCAGAGCGAGUGCCGGAGCGAAGCCUGGGUUGCGGAGGGACAGCGUCGGCGCGCGGGGCAUGAACCUGGAGGGCGGCAGCCGAGGCGGCGAGUUCGGCAUGAGCUCCGUGAGCUGCGGCAACGGGAAGCUCCGCCAGUGGCUCAUCGACCAGAUCGACAGCGGCAAGUACCCGGGGCUGGUGUGGGAGAACGAGGAGAAGAGCAUCUUCCGCAUCCCCUGGAAGCACGCGGGCAAGCAGGACUACAACCGCGAGGAGGACGCCGCGCUCUUCAAGGCUUGGGCACUGUUUAAAGGGAAGUUUCGAGAAGGCAUCGACAAGCCAGACCCUCCCACCUGGAAGACACGCCUGCGGUGUGCUCUGAACAAGAGCAACGACUUCGAGGAGCUGGUGGAGCGGAGCCAGCUGGACAUCUCGGACCCCUACAAAGUGUACCGGAUCGUCCCCGAGGGAGCCAAGAAAGGAGCAAAGCAGCUGACCAUGGAGGACCCGCAGAUGCAGAUGAGCCACCCGUACAGCAUGCCGACCCCUUACGCCUCGCUGCCUGCCCAGCAGGUUCACAACUACAUGAUCCCGCCCCAUGACCGGGGCUGGAGGGAGUUCGUCCCGGACCAGCCGCACGCAGAGAUCCCGUAUCAGUGUCCCGUGACCUUCGGACCCCGCAGCCACCACUGGCAAAGCCCAGCCUGUGAAAAUGGUUGCCAGGUCACAGGAACCUUUUAUGCUUGUGCCCCGCCUGAGUCCCAGGCCCCCGGGAUCCCCAUAGAGCCAAGCAUAAGGUCUGCUGAAGCUUUGGCCCUCUCAGACUGCCGGCUCCACAUCUGCCUGUACUACCGGGAAAUCCUGGUCAAGGAGCUGACCACGUCCAGCCCCGAGGGCUGCCGGAUCUCCCACGGCCACACCUACGACGCCAGCAGCCUGGACCAGGUCCUGUUUCCCUACCCGGAGGACAACAGCCAGAGGAAGAACAUUGAGAAGCUGCUCGGCCACUUGGAGAGGGGCGUGGUCCUCUGGAUGGCCCCCGAUGGGCUCUAUGCCAAGAGACUCUGCCAAAGCAGGAUCUACUGGGACGGGCCCCUGGCGAUACCCAGCGACCGGCCCAACAAGCUGGAGAGAGACCAGACCUGCAAGCUGUUCGACACACAGCAGUUCCUAUCAGAGCUGCAGGCGUUCGCGCACCACGGCCGGCCACUGCCGAGGUUCCAGGUGACUCUGUGCUUCGGGGAGGAGUUCCCGGACCCUCAGAGGCAGCGCAAGCUCAUCACUGCCCACGUUGAACCUCUGCUAGCCAGACAGCUGUAUUAUUUUGCCCAGCAAAACAGCGGACACUUCCUCAGGGGCUACGACCUGCCCGAGCACGUCGGUGGCCCGGAGGACUUCCACAGGCCCCCGAGACACUCCUCCAUCCAGGAAUGAGAGCCCCGGGGCCGGAGACGGCGCGCGUGUGAUACGCGCACAGAGAGCCGCUGGCUGAGCCCCUGCUCCUUCUCUGCGAAAUGGGGAAUGGGGGCUUCAGUCCCACUCCUGAGGAGAACAUUGGUAGAAAACCAACAUGACAGAUGAGCUUUUUCCAGGAGAGAGAAUGCUUUUCAGGGUCUUCUGCGGACGAAUGUGAAAAUUCAUCGUCACAUGGUCUACGUUUACUGACUUGCUGUCUCCAGUCUGAUGUGAACUCUUUCUUGCGUGAAGAGCGAGAAGCCUGUGCUUCAUUGCUGACCACUAGGGUGGCACGAAGGGGCCCACGUGCCAGCCUGUUUCUCAGGGAAGUAGAACCUACAUGUGAGGCCAUCCUGCCCAGAGGAGGAGCGCUCCAGCCGCUGGGGGUGACGCGCCUCGGGACGCUGACGGCAGGACAGACUCGGCUCCUGGGGUCCCCACCUUCCCGGGGUCCCUCCCUGGGUGGCCCACCACCUCCUGCCUGCAAUCCCCGCACCCCCAGGCCCAGAACCCAGCUGGUAUGACCCUGUGGUGUUUCUCGAGCCAAAAGCAUCAGGGCCACCCUGAGUACCAGGUUUUGUCACUUCGUACUCAUUGGAAAAGACUCUGGUGCUGGGAGGGAUUGGGGGCAGGAGGAGAAGGGGACGACCGAGGAUGA